AUGUCUGACGACAGCGGUCAACGUGUCCUGGAGUACGCAUCUCGACAAGGCAGUUAUCUUGCGAAUCAUUUCUUGAUAUUCGUCCAGAAAGUUGGUAUAGCUCAUCUGCACGUGCUUAUGAAAACCUUGAGGGGAGAUCAACAACAGCAGCAACAAAGAGCUGAGGAUCGUCAACAAAGAAGGCGCGUCGAGGCAGGCGCCAGCUCACUGCCAAACACCAAAGAGGGGAGUUACACUCACGGGACUCUCAUUCUUCUUACCCCUACUCGACAGCUCUCAACAAACUUGCGGCUCAUUGCAUGCUUGCUCCGGCUUUCCCGACGGGGGCAGCGCUUCCCCUCGAGACCGCCUCUCCAUUUCCCGGCGCGGGUUGAUCUUCUGACAGACAUUGGUGUGGCUGAGUCUGAGUGA